AUGGAGGUGCCACCGUCUGUGGAGAUCACCGACGGGCAACGCCUUGAGACUGAGCAGCUGCAGGACGAGAGCAGUAUGGAUGGAGUACAGCAGACAGGGGAGCAGCAGAUUGGGGAGCAGCAGACAGGGAAGCAGCAGAGUGGGGAGCAGCAAAUAGGGGAGGAGCGGAUUGAGGAGCAGCAGAUGGUGGACCAGCAGCUCGGGGAGCAGCAGACAGGGGAGCCGCAGACAGGGGAGCAAGAGAUGUGGGGAAUUAGAGAUGGUGGUCGUGUGUUGGUUUCUGGGACGACCACUGCACCAGUGCGUCGCUCCACUCGCAUCACUCGUGGUGUCCCGCCUCUGUCAGGCGAGCAGAUCCGUGGAUUGUGCCGAGCAGUUCAGUGCCUGGCCAAGGUGGCUCACAGCGAUUACAUCACCUUCCUUGCAGCUCCUGUGGAGGUACGACGUGAACGACUCCUGUGGAUCCUGUGGAGGUACGACGUGAACGACUCCUGUGGAGGCAUCAACACGGCCAAGACGGCCUACCUGGUGGUCAACUUCGCCACGGACUACUUUCAAACCUUCCACCUCUCCCAUCCCACCUGCUCCUGCUCCGCGCUCGUCAAGUCAGUACUGGCGGUGUUCCGCACGGCGCCUGCAGCUAUGCGGACCCUCACCAUCACAGCGGACGGCAAGGAGCCCGACAACAUUCGCUGGAUCAUCGACUGCCAAAACGGCAUGCGCAAGACAUACACCAUCGCAUGUGUGAACGAUAGGGAGGUGCUAUCAGCGUCCAUCGACCCGUCCACGUACCCCUCCUCGCUCGUCGCCCGCCCCAAGGCCCUUCUGCAGCUGCUCAACCACUUUCAAUCCACGCUCUCUGAAAUAACCAUCAUUGCUGCCGACCCUGAGGACGUGACAGGCUCGGGAACAGGCACGGGCGGAGGUGCGGCGGGGAGAGGAGGGGGGAGUGAGGCUAAGGCGGUUGAGAUGAGGAGCUACGUGGAGCCGACUCUUGCUGGCUCGUCAGCAGACGGACGGCUGGAGGCGUCCCCGGAAGCAGCGAUGCACACGCAGCUGUGGGUGGACCCUGGGGAGCACUUUGAGGCGUACUGCCACAGGGGGGACGCUGUGGACGUCACUUUCAGCGUGAAGGAGGUGAAGGCGUUUGUGCAGUUCUGUGAGUCAGCAGCAGCAGACGUGGUGAUGCUCUUCCAUCGAGCCGGAGCCCCUCUCAUGCUCAUGCCAAGAUUUCCCAACCCGCACACCACCCCCACUCGCAACCCCCGCCAUGCGCAUGCACCACUCGCGUCUGACUUUGACUCACGCCUUGUGAUCGCCACAAUGCUUGAAUCCCAGCUCCCCACUCCCCCCCCUUCCGACCCUUCCGUUCACCGAGCCUCCGCCCAACCUGGCACACCUGCCACUCCUGCUCACCAAGCCGCAGCUACUCCCCAAGCAUCUGCCGAAGCUGGCGCUCCUGUUCACAAGGGCUUGGCUUCCCGAACCUCAGCCGAAGCCGGAACUCCUACAGUUGCAGCUUCAGGCUCCCAGCGAUCCUGUCAUGCAGGUUCGGGAGCAGAUCCUCACCAAGCCUAUCCAAUUGGUUCGGGCUGCAGAGAAGAUCCAGGAGGAGGAGGAGGGAUGGGUGAAGGCGAAGAAGAGGGAGCGGAUGAGAUGAGGGGCGAGGAAGGUGCUGAGAAGGUUCCGUUGAAGGAUCCAGGUGCAGGAGCAAGGCUGGAAGCAGGCUGGGCGCAUGGAAAGCGAUGGUCAGACCUCUCAGGGGCGAAAGGCACAGCACACAGGCCUGGUGCGGAUUCAGCAGGUCUGGGUGGAGGAGAGGGGAGUGGCAGAGGGCGAAGAGGAAGCAGCAUGUGGCCCAGGGAGCAGCAACAACCACUUCCAGGCCAUGCGCAGCAGGAUCAACGGCAGCAACAGCACGAUCAGUACCAACAAAAGCUGGCAGCCAAUCAGGUUCUAGACAGCGAGGACGCCACCGAGGAGCUUCCCAUUGGUCGGCUGGCAGCGGCAUCACGAGGCGGUAGUGGCGGUGGCGGUGGCGGUGGCGGUGGCGGUGUUGCUGGUGGAUGCAACACUGGGGGUAGUGUGGAUGGGAUUGGCAUGGUGACUGGCGGUGCUGCUGAUGUGUCUGCUGCCCGAUUCAUGCCCACGGAGGCAUCCACCCCUGGGAGGCUAGCAGCACCACAUCAACAAGCACCUCCACUUCAGAGAGAUCCGGAUCGCUGGAUUGAAAAUACGGAGGAUGACGAAAUGGAGGAUAGGGCAGGGGGGUGUGUUCGAGGGCGUUUGGGUGAGGAUAUGUGUGAAGGUAUUGGUGAUGAAGAUGAGUAUGUGGAUGCCACUCCACCUGAGAGGAGGAUGUAUGACGACGAGGAUGAAACUAUGGACUAA